AUUUGGUCUUUCAUGUUGCGACUCGGAGGAAAGCGUGUGGGUCGAACGUUACUAGUGCCAGCGAACACCAGAACAACAUUUACCCGCUCCGCGUCGCCUUCACCAACAUGGAAAGCGGGUCAAGGGCUCUUGGAGGUGCAGUCGUCAUGGAGAAAAGUUACUGAUGGGCUACGCAAGUCGUGGAACCUAGAGGAGACGCCAACAAGGGACGUAUACAAACUCCUAACCUCCGCUAUUGUACCUCGUCCAAUCGCUCUCACAUCGUCCUUAUCACAGGAUGGCGUACCUAAUCUGGCACCAUUUAGCUACUUUUCCAUGAUAUCCUCCAAUCCCCCGAUGCUCAGCAUCUCAUUUAGUUUGUCGUCAAAGCGAAAGAAAGACACACGGGAGAAUAUCCUGGCUACGAAAGAAUUCACUGUCAACAUGAUCAGCCAGUCUUUCGUCGAGGCAGCCAACAUCACUUCUGUAGAAUCUUCUGAACCUGAUGAGUGGGUUCUCAGUGGCUUGACUAUGCAGCCGAGUACGCAGGUCAAGCCGGCACGAGUGAAAGAGAGCCCAUUUUCAAUGGAAUGCGAGCUUCAUUCCUAUCAAGACAUCACACCUGCCGGGGCCACGGAGGCGACGGUGACUGUCGUGCUGGGAUCGAUACGACAUGCCCAUGCCCUGGAAUCGGUUCUGGACAGUGAUGGUGCUAGCGUCGACCCAGACAAAUUGCAAGUGGUCGCUCGUAUGGGAGGUGAUACGUAUAGCAAACUCGUGGAGGGGUUUGAUGUUGCUCGCCCAAAGUGGAAGGACCUUCACGCGGUGUACUUUGAGCUGCUGGGAAAGAAGAAGGAUAGUAAUUGCUAACGAGAGGAUACAGUUCCAUGAAACUUAUGCAGAAAUCCAGUCUGCUAUCUCUUGAAGCGCGUUACUUCUCUCGGGCUCCUGCCAAGAAAAUAGAAUAUAAUCGUGAGACCCUCCCUCGGCUUCAAAAUACCUAAGUUUCGAG